AUGAAUCGGAUGAGAGUUUCGAAUGGAGUUAUGGGACGAGAAUUUGUGGAGUUACGGGUUGUGGUGAAGGAAGUUGGAUUCACACGUAUACAUAUCGACAUUCAGAAGCUGAUGGGAAAAGCUCUGGGACGGAUAUUUUUGUAUGCUUAUGUUGCUCAAACGUGUGAUAAUGGUGUCAGAUAUCACCAACUAAAAUUCUCGGCGCACUCGGAUCUGUGA